GGUUCUGUCAAAAAGUGACAGACGGAUUGACGGACGGCGGUUAAAUUAUGGCUUGCAAUCGUAACCUAAAAUGCAGUAAAUACAUGUAACAAAAUAAUAAAGCUAGAUUCAUUAAUCUUAAUUUCUUCAAUUAAAUUUCAAUUAUGGCUGUAAAUGGCAUAAGUUACUGGAAACGAUUAUGGCGCUGGACCACAUCUGAGAGCUUCUCGAAUGAAGAAUUAGCAUCUGUACUUGGUGACAAAGAAGUGGUAGAGUGCUUGAAACAAGGUCUAGCGAGCUAUAAACCACUUAAAGCUGAAGCUUUUGCUCAGCUGCAAAGCAAACAUGCAGACCAAACCAAACUGAUGAGUGUGGUCCAAACGCUUCAGAACUAUAUCGAUGUGGAUUGCUUUCAAAUAUGGGAAAUUAUGAAAAAUUACCUGUGUGACAUAUCUUAUGGCACUCCUGCAAAUGCUCUGAAAAAUGUGGCCUUUGUUGAUACCAGGCCAGUAUUCCUGCUGCCAAAUGUGUGGACUUUCUACUAUGCCGAGAGAUUGUUCAUGCUCAAGUUGUUACAAUACAUUGUGCAGUUCAGAGAUGACCCCAAUCACACAUAUAAUGAGCAAUUCAAGAAAAUAAUCAAAGACAUAGGCAUGCAGAAUUUGAAAACAUCACUUAUUUCUCAGUUUGAAAAAUUGUUAAACACAGCGCCCCCUUCAAGAAGAAUGCAGAAAGAUUUUUCUAUUGAAAAUAUUAGACAGGAGUGGGCUGAUUGUAAUAUGAGGGAGCAACUGGCAAUCUUACAAAUCCUGUUGCUUAUUGCUGAAGAAGAUAUCUUCAGUGAGAGUGAGUUCAACAGGCUGUUCUCAUUGUUCAGGAAACAUGGGUUUGGUAAGAGCCAGGGUUACAGUGAGCUUCUAGAGGAGAGGCACAGGGAGGCUUGUAUGAGAAUCAUGUACAUGGAAGUAUGUAUUUUUAUGGUUAUUGCAGACAGUAUGAAAAUCAACAAUUUGUCAGGUUGGAUCGACGGCACUAAGGAGGUGGUUGAGAGUGAACUCACAAAGCUGCACAUGAAUCCUGAGCACAGUGCCAUGCUCAUCACUUGGAUGAUGCUCACUCUUCAGAGUGAUCACCAUGUAAAAUUAUUUGAGAGUCAAUAUCAACACUUUGGUGCUACAGCUCUGAGAAUGCAAGUCUUCGAGUUUCUCUUGCAAAUGCUGAAUAGUUCUGUAUUUAAUGAUAAAUCAAAAUGUGCAAUCAUCGCUCGACAAAGGGUAUUCCGACUUUUAAACGAUCUGUGCGACAAGUUCGAUGGUGAUGGUACCUUGAGCCACCAAGCAGGCAUCAUGCUACUGUGUUCACACCUCUUGUCGGCUCCCGAGAUCAACUGUCAGUUCUGGAAGCUGCACCAACGAGAAGACAACUGUGGAGUUGUGUCACUGUGGAAUACAGCUCUGGAAUACUUUCCGUUCAACUUUAAUGCUCUAUCCAUUUUAGCUAGUGGAAUCGCUCAAGGUUCAAAAUGCAGUGUAUUGAAUUUAUUAGACGAGCUCAAGAAUCUGCCAGUGUACACAGAAAUCUACAAUCCAAAUGCGGUACCAGUAAUGUCACUGCGAGAUGACGAUGCUAUCAUAGGCAGAGAAUAUUACCCUCUCGGGGACCCCUCAUAUCGCAUCGAAAUGGGGUCUAAAGCCACCAUAAUGGAAAGAAAAGAAGCCACAAUGAUUCACUUCCGAACACCUUAUUCUUACUGGACUGUAUUUAAUAGUGAGAUUGAGAAAGCAAUGGAUAGGAAACAGCAUCAUCAGAAUAAUAUCAAUGUGACUCUAGAAAGGAUCUACCAGGGUACAAAAGUAUUAAAGGGUGUGUUAAAAGCGCUGGUAGCUGAUAAAGAGAUACCAAAGAGUUUGGUGGGGCCGAGCGAGGGAGUGUUUGAUGUGCUUGUGAGGUUUAUGAGAGCGGACGCGCCACCACUAGCCCUUCUAGUUGAAUGCCUUGAUGUGUGUACUGCACUGGUGCCUGUAUUUCCUAAGGAGAUCCAUUUAAGACUGAUAAACACAGGACUGUUACCGCGCGUUAUAAACCAGAAACUGACGUACCAAGAAUAUGCAAAUGGUGCAUCCUUUGACUCAGCGGCUGUCGGGUCUUACUUAGUCACUAUAGAACAAUUGAGUGGCACUUACAAGUUCUUGGGAGCUUAUAUUGAUCUGCUUUGUGCUUUCUAUGAGAAAGCAUCAGAUGAUGAACGUAUAAACAAAGAAAUAAUUCUACCGGGCCUUAUACUAAUUGUUCGAGAAGUGUUUCCGAAUGUAUACAGUUGGCGUUACAGCAACACUCGGGAACGCCGCGACAUGAUACAACGUUGUGCCAAUUUCUUGACACUCGUGUUGCAAGACACUAAGUGUCCAUGCAACUUAUUGCUGAAACAGACUUGCGUAUACAGUUUGUUGCACACUGAGAAUGCUUUAGAACUGUUGAAGUUUAUUUCUGUUGGUAAUGAUCAAUUAGAGAGCGUUAUAAGAAACGAAACAAAUUGGAUAUCUGGUACUGGAUCUCAAUACAUAUCGACUAUUCAACGAUGUGUAGCUAUAGUAAUAUUCGCGCUUCGUCUCAAAACUAUGGUGACGGAAGCCACAGAAAUGACGCCUUUGGAACAUCUGAUCUUCGCACAGAAUAAGCAGAAAGAUUCUUUGAAGGUUGUUCCGAGAGUCACCAGUUAUAUCAACCAUUCGUUUAAUAAGAGCCUUCCAGUGUUAAGCUGUCGGUUGCUCAAGAAAUUCGCUGAUGGCUUCCAAAUGUCCCUCUUUGCGUCACUAGAUAUGACCGCCUACCAAGUCCGUGUGAUGUUCCUCGAUCGCCUCCGAGACGAAUACGAAACUAUAGGUUUGAAGGUCGCCAUAUUGGAAUUCGUGGCUACCUGUGUUGGCACUCAACCGGGACUCACAGAGGCGUUCUUUAUGAUGAACCAUGAACAUAAGAUGGAUACAGGGGAAGAUGAUAAAGAAAAGAAAGCAGAGGAAAAGAAACCUGAGACGGAUGACAGUUUUGAAGGGAUUUUAGGUUAUAUGGCUGAUUAUCUUGGAACUGUGAAGAGCAACCCAAAAUUACUCCACAGCCCCUUACUAUCAUGUAUCAUGGCUCUGUUCCAUGCAUUAUGGAAGAACAAUAUGCAAAUACUAGUCAAGAAAUUACGUGAGAACCCCAAAUUUUGGGAGCACAUGACCAGCCCACUGUUCAGUGAAAUCCAACCGGGCCUCAGAACAUACUCACAAAUAUUCAAUGUGCUUGGCAUCGAACUGUUCGUGUCCAGAGACAAACUCGAGCCUAACUUGAAAGAAAUGCUGGAACAAUUUUUUGAUACCAACAAGAAGCAUUUAGAUAGAUGGAUCGACUACAUAUUUUCUUUCAAUGGUAGAACCGAUGGCGAAGAAGCAGUCGAUAAAGUGCCUGUGUGGCUUGGACUACUGACGUCUUGGAAGGAUUUCAUUACUAUAUUCUGCAAGUGCCUGCCUAUAACUUUAAAUAUCGCUCACAAAGCUAAAAUGGUCGCGCCUUGCAUGAGCGCACUUCUAAAUGAACUCGACGAUUUGAAAGACGGACGUCUAGUCGUCAUAUUAGCAGAACUGUACGUUAUAAUGCUAGCAAACUGGAAAGAUGACUGUUUUGACAAUAGAAAAGCAAGUGCCAAGCAAGUAGACAACUUACUGACAAACACUGCUAUCGUCUACGAAUGCCUGCACCCAAGAGCGAUUCGCGCCAUACUUUCAAUAUGUACUGUGGCUAUAAGUAGCUUGGACUAUGAAAUUAAGGCCAACAGUGUGACAGCACAGAAUAUUAUAAGAUCGGUGACUAAUAUCAACAGCUUAGAGCUUGAAAAGCUACUAGAUGAUAUAAAAGAUGAUCCGAAACCUGCUGAGCCUAAAGUGAAUGGUCACGCAGUCAACGAGAAUAUUCCUCCAGUGGUAUUAUCGCUGGCUAUGCUGGAGCAGUGCUUAGACUUGUACGAUGACAUGUUCUCAGGACUCUCUCAAUGGUUCCAAUCCAGCAGGUUUAUCAACAAGAUACUCUGUUGUCUCCAAACGUGUUUGCAGAACAGACGUCACUAUCAUACUUCUUUGGCUGCUCUAAGAUGCCUCACUGCAUACUCCCGGGGUCCAUUCUCAAAAGAUUUGCUCAUGAGUGAUGUGGACCAGUUUCUAUGGCUGCAGUUACUGCCGCCGAAGUUCGAUGGGGACUCGUCAUGGAAGCCGCAGGAAUGGUGGCGGGUGUACGCUUACAGUUUAGACUUCAUUUCUAUGAUGGUGAUGAAGCAUGGUCAGUUCUUCGCUAGCGAUGCGAUAACAUUCGUUGGGGUGCAUUUAGAACAUCUGAUUGAAGCGGUGCUGUUGCCACGGCAGGUAUUCAACAUUGAUGCUUUGAACUUGUGCGCGUCUACCCUUAACUUGGUUGUGCAGUUGGUCAAGUUUGAAGCAAGGUGGAGAAUCCAGAAUAUUACUUCCUUGACGGGGAUUAUGAGAAGUAUAAGCGCGUGUCUAUACCAAUGUGUGACACUCAUGAUGCGCUCACGUCGGUCUGCGGAUCCGGCACUCCCGCCAACAGAAGACGCACAAAGCCAAAAUCCUAAUGUACUACAUAGAACUCUAGAGAUCCUGCACAUGGCAACACUGUGCCUCCUGUCAUUCAGUCCAGAGUUGCUCUCGCUGUUAGCCGACCCUGGUUUGGACUUGGAGCGCUGGCAGCCCCUCGUAGAGCUACACUUCGGAGCACCCAAGAUAUCCUAUGAGCCUUUCCCACAGCUCACUUUCGGAACCUUGGUGUCCGCCAUAUGUCUGCUCACCAGAUCUCUUAAUCAUGCAUACCACUCGGAGGAGGGUUAUGGGUCGCGGUCUCCGCGCGGACGGCGCCGCGCGUGCUCGUGCGGCAGCCCGGCCGCCGAGCGCCGCGCGGCCCGCAGCGAGUCGCUCACCAGCAUCUCCUCCGCCGCCAGCCUGCCCGCGCUCGACGAGCGCCUCGUCGCCGGCGCGCUCGACGCCAGCGCCACGCUGCUCGCCUCGCAGGCCCUACUUGCAGUACGAGACCCCAGUGUUCCAACAAGACACAAGCAACUCAUCCGUCGCGAACUGAGCUCUGAGCUGACCAUGUUCCACGAUUUUGUGCGCAAACGCAUCUUGUGUGCUGCUCACGCACGGCCACACCUUGUACGUAAUAAGCUCGGUGCGUGGCCUCUCGCUGCCAACGAAGAGGAAACAAAACGCAUAGAAGAAGCCAGGAAAGAGGGGACCCACUGCAAUUGUGAUAACGAUGAUGACAGAACGCUGCCCCCACCACCACCUCCAAAAAGGGCGGCCCACGAUUCAAUGCGCGAGUAUAUACUUCGAAAACAUUACCUCGACAAAUGUGCUCAGACACCAACUAAGGGCCCACCUUCUCCGGUGUCCCAUUCCACACCGACAUCCGAUAAGAAGAAGGAAACUGCUCGAAGUUCUAAACGCGUGUCUUGGGCCGAGACGACCAGGGAUAGCGAUGAAAGUUUAGACAGUUCGUUACAAGAAAUCGAAGAACCUGCUUACUCUAACCUAACUGAUGUACAAAUUAAUAAUGAUGAAGAUUACUUUCACUUCAUGUCAGUAGUUUUCCUUUACAUUUGUCAAACAGAGUUAUAAUUUUCCAUUUUUGUAUUAAGCGUAUGAAAUAAAUGCCUUUUUUUCUGCU